UCCCCGGCGCGCCCAGCCCAGCCGGCAGCGCGGAGGGGAGCGGGCCGGCCUGGGGAUUCCCUCUCCGCGCCGCCGAGGUCGCCAUCUUCACCUCCGAGCUCGCCUCGGACGCUGCCGGCCGGGCUCCCGGGGAGCCGCCGGGAGCAGGCGCCGCGCCUGCCCGCUGCAUGUGACUAGCGGGCGGUAGCGGCCUCCUCCGCGGAUCUCGGCUGCGUCCUCCUCCGCCCCCGGCGCGGCGGGGAGGGGGCGCGGGGCGCCCGGCAGCGGGAGACGGAGGUGCCGGGGCGCGGCGGGCACACAAAGGAGCGGGCGCCGCCGUGGGCAGCGGAGAACGUUCCAGGAGAACGUGAGGCCCUGUGACAUUUAACUCUGAAGCUGGAUAUGCAUUAAACUUUUUUUGUCGCUUUCUAGAAUUGGGGAUAUCUUCACUGAAUAACUUGCUGCUUAAAGAAAGUAACAGAAGUUGGGAAAUUCAGGUUCACGUAACGCUAGGGACCAAAGAAGCAUACAUAAUAUUUCUCUGGUGCUGGGAUCAACCUUCUGGAAGAAGACUCUACAAUAACUUUUUGCCUUCAAGUUCUUUGUCCUGGGUCUGCCUUGUCUUUGGAGAAGAGUUCAUCAGAAAAGAAGAUUCUCACAUUGGAGCCAUUAAAAUUAAACCUGUUCAAAGAACUUAGUACAAAGGUUGAAUCCUGCUUUUCAUCCGUGUUCCCACUUCAGACUGUGAACAAUGAGUGAGUUUUGGUUGUGUUUCAACUGCUGUAUUGCAGAACAGCCUCAGCCUAAAAGACGACGGCGGAUUGAUCGAAGCAUGAUUGGGGAGCCGACAAACUUCGUUCACACAGCUCAUGUAGGAUCUGGAGACGUAUUCGGUGGAAUGAAUUCAGUCAGCUCAAUUCAGAAUCAGAUGCAAUCCAAGGGAGGCUAUGGAGGUGGCAUAUCUGCAAACGUUCAAAUGCAGCUCGUAGAUACAAAGGCAGGAUAACCUUGGGGAUAACUUUGCUGUUUAUGUGAGUUCCUGUAUCUUCUUUCCUGUGUCCUCUCUUUUGCCUUGGUGACUGCUUUCUGUGCUCAUGACAAGAGAAGUGAUGGCUCAUUGUUCACCCUUCGUGAUUAGUCCAGUGAAAAGUUGCUGUUCUGCUCUGAUGAUGCCACUUGCCAGAUUGGUCCAACUGUGCCUUUCAGUGGCAUGCACGCAUUGGCCUCUACCAGUAUCACGGACAUAGAGCUGUUUCGAAUUGGUUGUCAUUUUUUAGUUGUUCUAAGGCAAAUUAAAGCUCCGAUCUUAGCUUUCGUCAUUCCUCAGAAAUACUAAUGCACAACAUUCUGUUGCUUUUUAGUCUUUUAAUCUUUUCUCCACUCAAAUAGUUUAGAAAUGAAUGAGUUUCCAUUAGUGUCUUCAAUUACCUAAUGUUCAUUGAAUUUUUGAAAGGUCUGAGACCUGCAAGCACAAAUAAUUAUUUCAUACAAAAUCAACAGAGUAGAUGACCGCAUGCUUUGUGAGGUUGCUUUUUAUGGUGGCCUGCUUGGUGCUAAAAGAAAAAAAAUUGCUUACUGCAGAUGUGAAAAAUUUUGCUGUGGCACCAAGAAAUGCCUGUUUCUGAAAAAGGACUUGUAACUUAGCUACUUCAGAGUCAUGUCUUUAUUUUAGUUUUUAACCAAUUGAUCUUGAAAUUAUUAAGAGAGAACUUGCAUUCAUGAGGCAUUUGUUGUAAAUGUUCAGUAUAUUUAUUUUGAAAGAGCUGACCUUGAGACUAUAAACCAGUGUAGUACCGUAUCUAAGUGUUGUGGAAUCGCUUUAGUCUAUUUACACAGAAGAGCAACAUGUUUGGCUGCUUCUUUUUCUUUCUACAAUUUUCCUUAAUUUCAACCUGUAUAGUCAUUUCCAGUAGCAGCAUGUCAGACUGCCUGCAAUAUUGGCUGAAAAGUUUAGUAGACCUUUCUGAGUAGUUGGCAGUUUCUGUGUACUAAAUAUUUAGGGCCAUGGAAGUUGCUAAGAGCAACAUACUAAUCUGGCAGAACAGGUGCCAAUGAAAACAACAUACAGGGUGACUUUUUACUAAGUCAGUAAAAUGCCUUUUGCUCAGGUUCCAAAGCAUGUUUCUUUCACAUGUUGUGAAACUGCAUUUUAAUAUUGCACUGUUUUCAGAUUAUCUCUAUAAAUGGUCCCUUUCUUUGCUUCUUGCUGGUGAUUUUAGAGAAGGCAAUUAUUUGAGGCCUGGUUACAUUACAUUUUUAUGAGGGAAAAAGACCCAAACCAUCUAAACAAAUAAGGCAUAACUGAUUCUAAUCAAAUCCAUCUCUAUAUGCAAAUACACAUGUGGACUAUUGUGCGGCUUUGCGUUGUUUUCCCUGGACCCGGGCAGCUCUGGAGAGCCCAGCUAGGCCGCUGCUUCUCGGCGGGACCAGGGCUGCUGCGCGGCCCGGGCGCUCUGGCGUUCAGCGCACCGGCGUGGGGCUGGCCGCGCUCUGUGGCCGGCGCUGGGACGAGACAAAGAGGCGAAGGAAUGUCCAGUCUGUCCGUGCGGUCGGCUGGAGAGCUUUUGUUGUCGCGUGGAGCUGCGAUGGAGAACCGCGGCUCGCUCCCAGCGCCACGUGGACAAAAUGGCACUGAGACCCAAGGGCGCGUGGGGUUUUAUAGGGGGUGGGCAGACGAGGGCGGAAGCCCUCCCGCCCAAUGGGGACAGGCAACAUGGCGGUGACGUGGACCACGGUGACCAACGAGAACGUGAUGGGGGCAGAUACAGGGCUCUGGGACAAACGGGGACGUGGGGAUGGGGUAACUGACACGGAAGUUUCAGGAAUGAACAGGGCGUGGUUACUGGAGUGACAUGGGGAAGCUCCAAUGGCAGAAACACGGGGGUACACAGAACCGGCUAACUAACAUUAUAAAACUCUAAUCUGAAUGCAACCCGGGAUGCAACACUAUUGUUCUUUAUUCUGUUUCUAUCUUUUCCCUCAUUUCACAUUACAACAGCUGUCUGGUUGAUCUAAUUAUCUAUGAACCUACCUAAUCUUCUCUCUCUGUUUGUAAACAACACAUAAAAUACACAGCUAUGGAGGUAGUUUGCCUUCCCUAGCUUGUAUUUCAGUGGUAGAUGUCACUUAUCUGGUUGAAUAGUUCAAAUUAGGUUGGAUAGUGUUCAUUGAUAAAGAUACUGAUUCCUGAUGAGAUGUUAAAUUAUGUGAAUGCGUAAGUACAUGGCAGUGCAGUGAUACAUAUUUUUUUUUAGGGGUUAGCAUUUCCAAUGCCACUUUAACAAUGACUCUUAAAUAUACUACAAAGCUAUUACAAAAUUAUUUGAUCUUUGUUAUUGGUAAUAGCAGCUUAAAUUUGCUUGCCAAACCUAUCUUGCACUUGCCAAAAUGUUUUCAGCUCAAUAGCCAGGAAAAAAAUUGACAUAUUUUUAUAACAGACAUACUUUUUUUGUACAUUGUGUUCAUUCUUGAAUAAAGUCAGUUCAGUGUUGGCUUGUAGAUAUUAAAAGGAAAGUAUUGACUUUGAUUCAAUAAAUGUUUUCUUUCAA